AUGGCAGAAUUUCAGAAUAUGUCUCAGUGUGAAUAUCUGGUCCAUACAGGCACGCCCAGCUCGGAAUCCAGCUUGAUUGGGCAUCGUCCUAGGGUCUCGUACAGUCUGGAAUCUUCUGAAAAGGACAGUAGUGAAGACUUUCACACCAAGCUUUCGGAGUUGACGGAAGGAGGCAUCGUUGCAGGACCUGGCUUGAGCCGUCUGGGCAGACACCUGCAGGGUUCUCCCGUUGAUACAGUCACUGUGGCACCGUUGAGUGAACUAGCUGCCCCAUAUACGGAUAUCUUCAGUAAUGAAGGAUUGCUACUGCCUUCGCCGUUGGCUCGGUUCGUGAAACGGGACUGGAUUUCUGGGGCCCCCAGAGCACAUGCCUGGCAGGUCGUCCGGCCAGAUGGAGGACCCGGUCUCAACUACUCACACAACCAGUCUGGUCUUCGCUAUGGCGGAAGUCGGGAGGGUUCUGUCGACAGCCGUUGGCAGGGCGACAACGAUCCUUAUCAGCAGCAGCAGCAGCAACAACAGCAGCAAUACCUCAAUCCUGCCUCUGGCCAAUCAAUGCCGUUGCAUAGAGGCCCUGCUGACAGGAAGCUAGGGGAGGGGAAGCGUGGAACCAUCUUCUCCUGUGACCGGCUAAUUGAGGUGUCCACACUGACAUGCCCGAAGAGGACCGGUUACCUGCAGUCUGAUUGUUGGGUAUACCCUUAA